UAAAUUCUGUUUUGUUAUUGUUUUGCAGGUUUUGUGUCUCCUCUAAUUUGAGCUUUAAAGAGAGAAUGGCAAUGGAAUAUGAGAGUAACAAUUGGAUUUGGGAUGGGGUGUAUUACUGCCCACAUCUCUUUGGUGGGCUAAUGCUAACGGCCGCCUUGCUCGGUUUGUCGGCCACUUAUUUUGGUGGAAUUGGACUUUUUCCAUUAUCAUAUGUUUGGUCAGAUUUAGGGAUCUUCCACAAGAAGAAGCGUGAGAAGAAGCGCAUUCGGGUUUACAUGGAUGGAUGCUUUGAUCUCAUGCAUUAUGGCCAUGCCAAUGCGUUGAGGCAAGCUAAGGCUUUAGGAGAUGAAUUGGUGGUGGGUGUUGUGAGUGAUGAGGAGAUUAUUGCUAAUAAGGGCCCUCCUGUUCUACCUAUGGAAGAGAGGCUGGCACUUGUCAGUGGAUUAAAGUGGGUCGAUCAAGUUAUAGCAAAUGCACCCUAUGCAAUUACUGAGCAAUUCAUGAGCAGUCUGUUCAAUGAGCAUAAGAUUGACUAUAUAAUACAUGGUGAUGAUCCUUGCCUUCUCCCAGAUGGAACCGAUGCUUAUGCCUUGGCAAAGAAAGCUGGCCGCUACAAGCAGAUUAAGCGCACUGAAGGUGUCUCCAGCACGGAUAUUGUAGGAAGAAUACUUUCCUCUGUAAAGGAUACUAAAGGUGUUGGAGAUAAUAAUAGCACACUUUUGAAUGGAGAUUUGGGAGAAAAGCAUCAGUCACAAAGGGGUCAGAUUGCCCAAUUUCUACUAACAUCUCGGCGGAUUGUGCAAUUCUCAAAUGGCCAGGGGCCUGGACCAAAUGCUCGCGUUGUGUACAUUGAUGGGGCAUUCGAUCUCUUUCAUGCAGGACAUGUGGAGAUCCUCAAGAGGGCAAGGCAGCUUGGAGACUUUUUGCUAGUCGGUAUCCAUACUGACCAGAUUGUGAGUGAGCAUAGGGGGACCCCCUACCCUGUUAUGCAUCUACAUGAGCGUAAUCUGAGCGUGUUAGCUUGCCGUUAUGUUGAUGAAGUUAUCAUUGGUGCACCUUGGGAAGUUACGAAGGACAUGAUUACAACUUUCAACAUUUCUUUAGUUGUGCAUGGAACAGUUGCCGAGAGCAACACUUUGUUGGCUGGUGAAACUGAUCCAUAUGCAGUUCCUAAGAGCAUGGGAAUUUUUCGGUUGCUUGAAAGCCCUAAAAGGAUAACCACAAGUUCAGUAGCCCAAAGGAUAGUUGCCAAUCAUGAGGCUUACAUGAAACGCAAUGCUAAGAAGUUACAGAGUGAAAAGAAAUACUAUGAAGAGAAGACCUAUGUUGCAGGAGACUAGCUGAUACAGGUUUAUAUUAGAUAGCAAGUUUGGUACAGCUCUUCUUGCAGCCUUAACCAUUCAUGUAGAUGCUUGUUGAAGACAGAGUAUUCAGUUGUUUAUGUUCUUGAAGGAUAGGAAGAGAAGAAGACAUAACAUGGAAAGACAUCAAUACCAGAAACUUCCAAGUAAACUUUUGUUGUUUUCAUUCAGUUUUCUCAGAUAUAGAGGAAUCUUUUAAUAAUUUAUUUACUAUACGAUGCUUGUAAACGAUGUAAUUACUGAUUAAUUUAUCCCUUUGGGCUUAUAAUUUUGGAGUGUUUUUGUUCGAAAGGAAAAGAUACUACUAAUAUUUUUGCCUGUUCAA